GAAUCUCUCUCUCUCUCUCUCUCUCUCCCUCUCUCUUUCAUUAGACUCAAUGCAUUUGUAGAGGGAUCCCCACGCUCAUCCAUCGCGAUACACCGAGAGAAACCACCGGGAGAAUCUACCCGUAAAGAUUUAUCCUUUAUUUCUGGAAAACGAAGUGGAUUUUUAUCCUUUACAAAAACAACAAUGCGGAAACUGAGGGAAGAGGCAAUUUAACAGCACCGGGCUCCUUAAGUCUGAAACCCGUGGAAUGCGGUUUGUUUUGAUCUGCUCUUGGUUCUGUCCGGAGAGUUUGUUUAUUAAAAGCAAGUGUGGACAUUGGCUGCACUGAACAUUUACACACACACCUCACCCCGAUUGCACGGGGCUCAGUUAGUUAAGGCUUGUGACGCGCAGGGCGGGCGAGGCAAAAAAAAACUGCGAGACUGGUUCGGUUUCACUUGGGAGGAGUGAAUGCGAGGGAGGGAGAGAUAGAGAGAGGGUGGAAGAGAGAGAGAGAGAGAGAGAGAGAGAGAGCGAGAAAGCGAGCGGACAGCGCCAAGCACAGAAAAAAAACAAGCAAACUCCCAGAUCUAGUGCUGCAGGGUUUCGCUUUGCUCCUGACCCACUCUCCCGCCGAGCCGGCACCGCACUUGUUGACGCCGAUGGCCCGUCCGCUCGGCCCCUCCGGCCGCGGCUUGCUGCUCCUAUUGUCGCUGCUCGCCCUGUGCCCGGCUCCCGGCUGCCUGGCGCAGAGCUCGGUGAAGUUCACGCUGCCGGAGGAGCAACCGCCGAACACGCUGAUCGGGAACCCGGGCGAGAGCCUGGGUCUGGAGCGGGACAACCGGCUGUUCAAACUGGAACUGGGCCAACCUUACCUUCGGGUGGACGAGACGGGGGGCAACCUGUACACCACCGAGACCCCCAUCGACCGCGAGCAGAUGAUGUGCGAGACCCCCACCGAAUGCCAGCUGGAGUUCGAGAUCUCGGUCACCGACACCUUGUACAACGCGGCCACGGUGCUAGUGGAAGGCAGGAUUUCGGUGCAGGACAUCAAUGACAACACUCCUACCUUCAGCUCCCCGGUAAUAUCCAUCUCCAUCCCGGAACACACCCCCCCGGGUACCCUGGUCAACAUCCCCACUGCCAGCGACCGCGACGCGGGCACGAACGGAGUAGCCGGCUACGAACUGUUGGGUAACGAGGGGCAGGGUCUCUUCAGUCUACAGGUGGCCGAGGAACACGGCGAGAGGUUGCCCCAGCUGAUAGUCACCGGGUCGCUGGACAGAGAGCAACGGGACACCUACGACCUGACGGUGCGGGUGGUGGACGGGGGUCAGCCACCACGGAGCAGCACCUCGGUCCUGCGUGUCACCGUGCUGGACAUUAACGAUAACGCGCCCCGGUUCGAGAGGUACAGUUACCAGGGAUCGGUGGAGGAGAAUAGCCCGGCGGGUACUUCCAUCCUGCAGGUGAGAGCUACCGACAAGGACCUGGGAGACAAUUCCCGCAUCGAGUACACGUUCGCCCAGGCGGCGGAUAACGCCCGCCGUCUACUCCGCCUGGACAAGAACACCGGUUGGAUCACGGUGCAAGGGCCGGUGGACCGCGAGCAGUUCAGCCAGUUCAGGUUCUAUGUUCACGCCCGCGACAAGGGUCCCAUCCCCAAACAGGACAGGGCGUCGGUGGUGAUCAUGGUGCGGGACACCAAUGACAACGCGCCGGCUAUCGAGAUCCGAGGCAUCGGGCUGGUCACUCACCGGGACGGUGUGGCCAGCAUCGACGAAGACGCGCCGGUCGACUCUCCGGUGGCACUGGUGCAAGUGUCGGACCGCGACGAAGGGGAGAACGCGGCGGUGACUUGCAUCGUGGCCGGGGACGUGCCGUUCCAGCUGAAGCCGGCCAGCGAGUCAAGCAACGAGAAGAAGAAGAAGUUCUUUCUGCAGACCACCACCGCCCUGGAUUACGAGAAGGUGCGCGACUAUCUCAUCCAGAUCGUGGCGGUGGAUUCGGGCAACCCUCCGCUGUCCAGCACCAACACUUUAAAGGUAAAGGUGGUCGAUGUCAAUGACAACGCGCCCAGCUUCGCCCAGAGCCGCAUGCAGGUGGGUAUACUGGAGAAUAACCGGCCCCCGACAUCUCUGCUGAGGGUGGAGGCCACCGACGCCGACAGUGGUAGCAACGCCGAGCUACUCUACUCCUUGUACCCCGACCCGUCCAUCCAGAACUUGUUCCAGAUUAAUCCGGACACGGGAGAGGUGAGGGUCAUCUCGGUUCUGGACCGGGAGCAGAGGGAACGCUACGAGUUCAAAGUGGCGGCGGCGGACAAGGGUACCCCGAGCCUCAAGGGGACGGCCACCGUGGUGGUCAAUGUCCUGGAUGAAAACGACAACGACCCUCGGUUCAUGCUCAACGCCUACAACUUCUCGGUGCGAGAGAACUUGCCCCCGUCUAGCCCCGUGGGGAUGGUGACGGUGUCGGACGCCGACAAGGACUCCAACGCCCGGAUCACUCUGUUCGUUGACCCGGACAAUGGCGAGUUUGAGAUCCAGAACGGGACGGGUACCAUCCUGUCCCGGGUUUCCUUUGACCGGGAGCGCCAGAGCACCUACACCUUCCAGCUCAAGGCGAUAGACGGCGGGACGCCCCCCAGAUCUGCCUAUGUCAGUGUCACCAUCAAUGUCUUGGAUGAAAAUGACAACACGCCAUUCAUCACUCAACCAUCCAAUUCCUCCUUCCAACACAUCAGCCCCCUCACUGCCAUUGGCACCCCAGUGGAACGGGUCAAGGCAGAAGACAUGGACAUUGGGACCAAUGCCAACUUGACCUACAGCAUCGUAGGAGGCAACCCCUUUGGCCUGUUCCACAUCUCCCCUGCUGGGAGUGUGACCCUGGAGAAGGAACUCAUGCGUAGGCACUACGGUCUACACCGGCUGGUGGUUCAGGUGAGGGACGGGGGCACGCCGGCCCGUUUUGCCACCGCGCUGGUGCACCUGUACGUCAACGACACCAUGGCCAACGUUAGCCUGGUUGAAGCCCUGGUGGGUCACAGCUUGAACACCCCGCUGGACGUGGACAUCGCUGGAGACCCCGAGUACGAGAAAAGCAAACAGCGGAGCAACGUCCUGUUCGGAGUGAUCGCUGGGAUUAUUGCAGUCAUACUGGUGAUAGUGGUGGUGGUACUGAUCCGCUACUGUAGGCAGAAGGAAGCCAAGAGUGGAUACCAGGCCGGCAAAAAGGAGACCAAGGAUUUGUAUACCCCCAAACAAACCAAUAAAAAUACCAAGCACAAGGUUAAGAAGAGCAAGCCCCCCAAACCCUCCAAACCAAUGGAAGCCGAGGAGAGCGGCGCACAGAGGGGAUUACAAUUCAACCUGAUCAAUGAGUCCAACAGUGAUAAUCCACGGAUUCACCUGCCACUGAACUGUAACCCGGGCAGCCCUGACCUAGGGAGACAUUACAGGUCGAACUCUCCUCUCCCGUCCAUCCAACUGCACCCACAGUCACCGACUGCGGGGAAAAAGCACCAAGUUGUCCAGGACUUGCCCGCCACCAACACCUUCGUCGGGACUGGGGACAGUAAUUCCACGGGCUCGGACCAGUACUCUGAUUACAGUUACAAGACCAAUCCCCCGAAGUACAACAAGCAGGAGGUAAGGAGAUUCCUGACUACCAGCGAAGUCUGAGUGAAGGAAACGGAAACUAACUAAAGCAGCAGGAACGGCACAGGGGGCCAUCGAGUGAGUGACGGGAGCAAAAGGAACGCUGAGAGUGAGAGAAGUCGCUGACGGAAAGAUCCGAGGGACCCCCACCCUCCUCCACUGUGUGGGAACCUUAUAGAGACUUGACGAAUCUGCUGGAGGAUCAGGAUUGACUGCUGCUGUGUAAUAAUGACUGAUAUUCACAGAACUGCACUGAACGGACGGUACAGAAUGGGCCAUCAGUCGUGGCUUAUCUAUGCCGGUCUUUAUGCUUCACAUGAGCUGCCUUCUUCCUCCACUCUCUCGUCCCUCACCACCACCACCCCAUCUACUCCUGGCUCCAAUAUCCAGCUUCACCUUGACUGCGCUCUGCUAUUUACCUGUGGCUGCAGAUUUCACCUUCUCUCAAUUCUCUGGGGAAUGGAUUUCCUGCUGGAUGUAUGGGUGACUCUUGUAUUUAUGGACUCACUUUUUGUCUUCACAAGUCAAAGGAGCAUCUCCACGUCAUUUUUUAAAGACCUCGCUCAGUUCAUCCCUCGUCAAAUACUUUUGUUUGAACUUGAUUUGUCUGUGUCCUGUCCCCUUCAGGUGCACCUGCGCAAUCAACGUGAUGUCUGUGAUUUUUACAAGAACUGAUUUACUUUGUUACCACAAAUCAUUUGCUGUUCUAUCCUUGUAUGGAUUUUUAUUUUAUUCAGAAACCUUAACUACCCUGACUUAGUGUGCAGUUCCUUGAAUUCAUCACCAGUCAAUGAGGAAUUCACAUGAAUCCAGGGCAUUGAAAUUUGCUGGGAUAGUCCUUGCUGUUGUUCUUCCCCAUUAUUAACUCUCUGAAAAAGUUGGCUUUUGAGAACAACAAUUUUUUCUUCUUUACUUUCCCCUCCCUAAUCCCAGUUCAAUAAAAUUUACUUCCAUUUUACGUAGAACCCUUAAUAAUUCAAGUCGAAUUUUUUUGUCCGAUGCACAAGUACAGUGAGGUGCAGGUACAAUGAAAAACUUACUUGUAGCAGCAUCACAGGCACGUAGAUUCAGACAACAGCAUACGGCACGUAGAUUCAGACAACAGCAUACGGAACAUAAGUUGUACAUAAAUUAUACAGGACGGUGAAGAGAAUAAAGACUGCAAAACAAGACAUUACUGCAAAACAUAAACACAAUCGGAGACAAGUCCAAGGUAGUGCAAGAGGUGGUCUGUAGUGUUCCAUUGCUGAGGUAGGAUGAGGGUUGUGCAUGUCAGUUCAAGAACCUGAUGAGUGUAGACACAACAAAGUACCUUGAAGCUUCAGAAAGGUGCUCUUGACUUCACACAACUUGAGAUAUUUGGGCAGAUGACAGAUGUUUGGUUGUUGAGGUAGGUUUCAAGGAGCCUUGAAGGAAGAAAGGGAGGUGAAGAGGUUUAGGGAGGGAAAUCCAGAACCUUGGGCUUGGGCAGUUACAGGCUUGGCCGCCAGUAGUGGACAAUUUUAUUUGGAUAAUUGGAGGAACCCAGAUAAUUCAGCACUCUGGGACUGGCGAGGUCAAGGAGGAAUUGGAGGAAAGAGAAAGAAAAUAACUUUAAAAAAAAAUCAAGGCAUUGCUUAACACAAACCCAAAACAGGUUGGCAAAGAAUGGGCUUUGAAGUGAGUUCUGGCUGACUUCCAGUUUGCAGAGAUUUGCCAGAACUACAUUGGAAUAGUCAAAUCUAGAGGAAUAAAAGGCAUGACUGAGGGUUUCAGCAGCAGAUGGUGAGGAUACGUAGUUGGAAGUUUACUUGGGGGGGAAGGGGUCAAAGGAUAUAUGAACGUCUGGUUCAGUUUUCAGGGAGAAGUCAAGUGAUAUCAACCUUAGACCUAACUCAGAUUAUGUUGUGCGGGAAUUCAAAUGCAGAUGCUGGAAAUCUGAAACAAAAACAGAAGGUUCUGGAAGCACUCAACAGGUCAGGCAGCAUCUGUGAAGAGAGAAACAGAGGUAAUAUCUCAGGUCAAUGACCCUUCAUCAGAACUUACUGUGCAGAAAGUUCAGUAAUUUGCAUCGUUGAGUGUCCCAGCAACUGGAGUUGUGGAUGUUUGGGUUCAAUUCCCACCAUGAAAGCUGGAGAAUUUAAAUUCAAAUAGUAAAACAAAUUUGGAAUUUAAAAUAUAGGCAAGAAAGCUUGACUCAGUAAUAAUGAUUGUGUAAUUUCUGGAUUCUUGUAUCAGUGAAGAAAGUCCACCACACAUGCCUGGUCUGGCCUUGUAUGUGACUCCAGGACUAGAAACGUGGUUGAUUCUUAACUGCCUCCUCAGCUGGGGAGAAUUAGUGAUGGACUGUAUUUGCCAAUGAUGUCCACAUCCUAAAUAAAAACAAAACCACUAGGAACCAUGUGUUGUGAUUUCAGUUCAAUUAGGUUCUUUCAUUCAUGCCUUCAUUGGCAUAGGGGACUGGUCUGUGCGUGGCACUGGAAAUAAAGUGCAGCAAGAGUAGAGAAGUUGGGGUGUCAUGUUUUACAAACUGUUUGUUGGACCGCACUUGGACUGCUGUGUGCAGUUCUGUUCACCAUGCUAUGAUUAAGCUAGAGAGAGUGUAGAAAGAUUCACAUGUAUGUUGUCUGGACUGGAAGGCUUGAGUUAUCAGGUAAGACUGAAAGGCUGGGACUGUUUUCCCUGGAGUGAAGGAGGCUGAGGGGUGACCUUAUAGAAUCAUGAGGGGCAUUGAUAGAGCAGGUAGUCACAAUCCUUUUCUCAAGGUAGGGGAGUCUAAAACUAGAGGGCAGAGGUUAAAGUGAGAGGAGAAAGAUUUAAAGGGGAUCUUAGGGGCAAGUUUUUCAAACAGACGGUGGUGGGUAUAUGGAACGAGCUGCCAGAGGAGGUGGUGGAGGCAGGUGCAGUUACAACGUUUAAACGAUAUUUGGACAGGUACAUGGGUGGGAAAGGCUUAGAGGGAUAUGGGCCAAAUGCAAGCAAAUGGGAUUAGCAGAGAUAGGCAUCUUGGUUGGCAUGGACAAGUUGGGUGGAAGGGCCUUUUUCCGUGCUGUAUAACUCCAUGAAUCUAUGACUCUAUGAUAAACAUAUUGCCACACCAGAUACCAACACAGUAAGUCUGGCGGUGAGGGAUGCUGCUGGACAUUGGUAUUCCUUACAUCAGCUAUGGAUUGUGGCUCAUCUCCACUGGCCUAUCCCUCCUGUAUAUGUGCUCUCCAAGCCGACCUAUGCUGCCCCAUCUGCUGAAACGCCUGGCAGAGAAAGGGAGUGGGAUCGGGCCCUGACUCCUCCACAACUGUUGAUUCGCCAAGCAGUGCAAAACAACUGCAGCAGCUAAAUUUCCCUGCCUUCAUCGACAGGGUGCCACCAAUGGAGUAUCAACCAAAUUGAAGCCAUUCCUCUGUGUUCCAGUGUUCUGGAACGUGACCAGUUCCCUAAUUCCAGCAAGUUAAUCUCUCGAUAUUUAACCAGUUACUGGGUGUUAAAGUUGGACACAUCACUGCAUCUUUUUCUACUCCUUUUUAAAAUGUUCCUUAAAAAUCCUGUCGUUUUCUUAAUAAUGCCUUAUGUGACUUGGUGUCAGAUUUCAUCUGAUAAUGAUCCUAUGAAACGCUUGGUGUGUUUUCUACCUUUAGAAGCACUAUACAAAUACAAGUUGUUAUUAAUUGUGACAGUUCUUGGAUUGGAGGCGUUUACUUCUGGCGGGGAGUGUGGGGGAAGACGAGGAAGGAAUAAAGUGCCGUGAGAUGUUAGAUUUAGAAUCCUAAAUCAAAUAAAAAGCGACAGAUGAAGUUAUGUAAUUUGCUUUGGGUUAGUUUAUUCUAAAAUGCAAUUUAAGAUUUAAUAAUACUUCAAUCAAUUACAGCUGGGCUGGCUGACGAUGCUAGUUUAACCUUGCAUGAGGAAUAUAGAUAAAGGAGGUGAUGGAAGAGACCAAUAAUGCCAGAUGACUCAAUAGGAAAGAGAACGCCAAUAUGUCAUACUCGAUAGAUAUCCUGCUAAUAACGCAAUUAAUAUCUCAAAUAGUAUCUAGAAUGAAGGCGGCAAAGAAGGUGUUGUUAUUCCACAUGUCCUGGACAAUAUAUUUACUAAAACAGACUAUCUAUUCAUUAGUACAUUGGUGUUUGGGAGAGCUUGCUGUUUGGAGUUGGCUGCCACAUUUCCUACAUUACAAUGGCUCUUCUUCAAAAGUACUUCAUUGACUGUAAUGUGCAUUGGGAUUCCUGAAAGGGAUGUGAAAGGCGCUUUGUAAGUGCAAAUCCAUCUGUUCUUUUCAGGCUCACGUUUAUCUCAACUUCAAAAUUAUUUCCAUAGCAUCUGGCUCCCUGCAACCUUUUUGACUUUCAAAUAUGCUUAUCUCUCUCGUGGCCUGAUUCCUGUUCCCCAGGCUUUUUGCCGGUUCACUGCUUGUUAUCUAAGUCAAAUGAAUCUCAGCCCUUGCAUAGCAAAUUUUUUUGCUCACUUCAUUAAUCCAUCCGGUGGAAUAUUUCAAAAAUGUUAAGAUAAUACGAAUAAUUUUCUUUAUAUCAGCCAUAAUCUUGUUGAAAAGUGAAGCAGACUUGAGGGGCUGGAGGACCUACUCUUUCUCCUAUUUCUUAUGGUAUUGUUUUCUGAUAACACAUGCAGAGCAGUUGAUCCAGUAAUAACAUCUUUACAUCUUUUGAUAUUUCCCCAGAAGAGGCAUUGAUAUUUGUAUCAACAGUAUGAAACAUAAAGAAACCUAACUGUGAAGUUUGCCAACACUGGAUGAUGUUCCUGAACAGGAGUAGCCAUAUCCAUAAUGCGGCUGCAAGAGCAGGUCAGAGACUGGGAAUCCUGCAGCAUGUAACCUACCUCCUAACUCCCCAAAGCCUGUCCACUAUCAACAAGGCUCAAGUCAGGAGUGUGAGGGAACACUCUCCACUUGCCUGGAUGAGUGCAGCUCAACAACACUCAAGAAAUAUGUUGGCGGAAUAUAGUAUUAAUGGGAGGACUCUCGGCAGUGUGGAGGAUCAGAGGGAUCUUGGGGUCUGAGUCCAUAGGACGCUCAAAGCGGCUGCGCAGGUUGACUCUGUGGUUAAGAAGGCAUAUGGUGUAUUGUCCUUCAUCAAUCGGGGAAUUGAAUUUAGGAGCCGAGAGGUAUUGUUGCAGCUAUAUAGGUCCCUGGUCAGACCCCACUUGGAGUAUUGUGCUCAGUUCUGGUCGCCUCACUACAGGAAAGAUGUGGAAGCGAUAGAGAGGGUGCAGAGGAGAUUUGCAAGGAUGCUGCCUGGAAUGCGGAGUAUGCCUUAUGAAAGCAGGCUGAGGGAACUCGGCCUUUUCUCCUUGGAGAGACAGAGGAUGAGGGGGGACCUGAUAGAGGUGUAUAAGAUGAUGAGAGGUAUUGAUCAGGUGGGUAGUCAGAGGCUUUUUCCCAGGGCUGAAUUAGUGGCCACAGGAGGACAUAGGUUUAAGGUGCUGAGAAAUAGGUAUAGAGGAGAUGUUAGGGGUAAGUUUUUUACUCAGAGAGUGGUGAGUGCAUGGAAUGGGCUGCCGGAAACGGUGGUGGAGGUGGAUAUGAUAGGGUCUUUUAAGAGACUGUUAGAUAGGUACAUGGAGCUGAGUAAAAUAGAGGGCUAUGGGUAAGCCUAGUAAUUUCAAGGGUAGGGACAUGUUCGGCACAGCUUUGUGGGCCGAAGGGCCUGAACUGUGCUGUAGUUUUUCUAUGUUUCUGUUUCUAAACUUGACACCAUACAAGACAUAGCAGCCUGCUUGACUGGCACCCCAUCCACAACCGUUCACUCACUCCGCCACUGACGCACAGUGUAUAACCGUCUGCAGGAUGCACUGCAGCAACUCACCGAGACUCCUUAGACAGCACCUUCCAAAUGCACAUUGUCUACCAGCUAGAAGGACAAGGGCAGCGGAAGCAAGGGGAACACCACGCCCUGGAAGUUGCCCUCCAAGCCACACACCAUCCUGAUUUGGAAAUAUAUUGCCUUCCCGUCACUGUUGAUAGGUCAGAAUCCUGGAACCCUCUCCCUAAUGUCAUUGUGGGGAUUCUCACGUGUUAAGGACUGCAGUGGUUCAAGAAGGCAGCUCCCCAGCACCUUCUCAAGGGCAACUAUGCAAUUAAAAUGCUGGCUCAGCCCGCGAAGCCACAUCCCUUGAAUUGAAUUUAAAAAAAGUGCCAUCACAUGACUAAGAUCUAGUCUCGUCUGGCACAGCUAUCAUCACAGUGCACCAAUUACAAAGCUACUUUAUGAUCUAAUUAGAUCUUUCUGGACUGACAACAGCCUUAAACACUUUCGCUUUGCCAUAUGCAAUACAUUUAUAAGGGAGUGGUGAUGGAGGUGCAUUUGCAAAGGGGAGUGCUGGAAUUAUUUGAGGAGUUGCACAAUUUUAAGAGCACUUAAGUGAUUUAUUUUCUCUCUUCAGAAUUGCUGUAAACAGGAACAAGGAGUCAAUCUUUUAAUUCCUGAAGUCUUCAGGAUACUCCUGACAUGCUGACAUUCCGUAAAUUGUUUAAUGAGUUAGCAUCGGUCUAAGAGUUUGCAAAUGAAAGCAGUCAUAGAACAGCACAGUGCAGGCCCUUUGGCCCACAGUGUUGUGCCAACAUUUUGUCCUGCUCUAAGAUCUAUCUAACCCUUCCCUCCCCCAUAGCCCUCCAUUUUUCUAUCAUUCAUGUGGCUAUCUAAGAGUCUCUUAAAUGUCCCUAAUGUAUCUGCCCCCACAACCUCUGCCGACAGUGCAUUCCACGCACCCACCAAUCUCUGUAAAAAAACUUACCUCUAACAUCCCCCCCAUAUCUUCCUCCAAUCACCUUAAAAUUAUGCCCCCUCGUGUUAGCCAUUUUUGCUCUGGCAAAAAGUCUCUGACUGUCCACUUGAUCUAUGCCUCUUAUCAUCUUGUACACCUCUAUCAAGUCACCUCUC